AUGGACGCAACCAUGAACAAUAAAUGCAUUGAUAAAGCGCAAGGCUAUGCCCAUUCGAAAAUGUGUCGACCAAUGGAGUGCAUUGAAGUAACGUUAUCGAUAAUAACUUCAACAGUAUAUGUAACUGAAAAUAUGUUUCCAAUUUUUAUUAUUCUAACAGUACUCUAUUCCACUCCAACUACGAGCUUUACUUAUCAUAAAGAGAAUAAUGCUUGUCCACGUCUGCUAUACUACCCUGUGAAAGCUUUCACUUCUCGCUGUUACUACAAUCCCAACGUACUGUCUUCUACUCCUGAAAUGAUUCAACAGAACGGUUACAAAUGUGGAACCUACAAAGUUGUUACAGAUGAUGGUUACACAUCCCUGAUGUUUCGCGUGCUACCACAGGUGGACGAUGGUGGAGAAAAAGGACAACCCAUCGUCUUGGAACAUGGAGUACAAGUCAACUCAGCCGUUUGGACUUGGAUGGGAGAUAGGUCUCUAGCUUUUGUUUUGGCCAGAGCUGGUUAUGACGUGUGGUUGGUGAACCAAAGAGAUAGUGGUUACACAACACACAACAAAUACAAAACUUCAGAUUCCCGUUUUUGGGCUAGCAGUUUAGACGAUAUGGCAUCCAAAGGAGUUCCAGCUAUUUUAAAUACAGUUGCUACAGCAACCAACAAAUCUGGUUCUGUUAUUUAUAUUGGUCAUUCCAGAGGGUCUAUUCUGGGUUUUAUGUACGCGUCUGAAUAUCCAGACGAAGCCCAAAAAUUUCUUCGUGGUGUUGUAGCACUAGCUCCUGUUGCGUAUUUUGACUUUAGUCUACACUUUAGAAUUGUUGCCUACCUGGCACCUAUCAUCUUACCGAGAAUUUCAGUGCUAAAUUAUCCAGUCAAAUACUCAAUCAAAUUUUAUCAAAUUCUUUGCACCAAUCUUCCACAUGUUUGUGAACUGAUUCUUCUCGCGGUUUCUGGUAGCGUGUCUCAAUUUCUACCGGAUGACCUUUUGGCUUUUUUUUCCAUUUUUCCAGUUUCCCUUUCAUCAAUGCAAGUUUCACACAUCGUUCAGUUAUUCCGUUCAGGAAGAUUUCAAAAAUAUGAUUACGGAAGGAAAGAAAAUCUGCUGAAAUAUGGACAAGAAGUACCUCCUUUGUACAAUCUUAGUAAUUUCAAGCUUCCUGCGUAUCUAUUUUAUGGAAAAAAGGAUGUUUUCAUGAAGGAAAAGAGCGUGAAAAGGACGUUUGAGGAGAUAGGAAGCAGCGAAAAAGGAUAUUUUAGUGUGCCGAUUGGAAAUGAUGAUACGAAAUUGCAGUUUGGUCAUAAUGAUUUCAUUUUGUCGAGGUAUAUAGAAGAGUUGUUUUACAAGGAUCUGCUCAAAGUACUGAAAAAAUUGAAACCUAAAGAAUAAUGCUUGAUCUUUCGAUUUUGUCUUAG